CUCAUCUACCAGAAACACCACCUCACAGCACCUACAAACUCAAACCCCAGUCCAAGACACCUACAAAAAUAACAUGUCUUCCCAAAUCCCCCAAUACCUUUUCGCCCUCCAAUCCCUCCCCCUCCUCGGCAGCGGUCUCUAUACCCUAUUUUUUCCCGCUUCCGCUGCGCAAUCGCCAUACCUGCCUCUACGGGGCGUCAGCAUAGGGACUAUUCAGGCGAUGAGUCUUUCAUCCUUGACACUGGGUACUUUCUAUGCUCUUGUCGCCUAUCAGAAUAACAUCCCGAUGAUGGCGGCUACGGUACCGACCAGGCUUUUGGCUGCGGUGGUGUUUUAUCGGACGGGCGAGGAGGCAUGGAAGCGGGUCACGCCUUUUGAGGCGGUGAUGGGGGUUGUGACUGGUUUGGGGGUUUGGAUGUGGGGGUAGUGUGUCGCCGCGGCGUCUGCUGAUGGAUGUAAAGUGGAGAGGAUGAAAUGGAUUGGUAAAGUAGAUGCUGUCGCAUCAGACAAACUGCGA